UGAUCACAUGAUCUAUACAAAAGUCUGCAUCAUCAAUAUGUAGAUGGAUGCCAAAAAAUCAAUACAGGAGGUUUGAUAUCCAAAAUGAAUCUAAAACACGUUUUCUUAAAGAAGACCAGUUGAUUUAAAUUUCUUGAAGGACAAAAACAUCUUAACUAAUGAGAAACUGAUGCGUGCUUAAUCAUGACCAAAGACCUUGAUGUAGACUCCAUAAUAGAGCAACUGCUUACAGCCAAAGACUCACCCACCAAACAAGUUCAGUUGCCAGAAACGCAGAUACGCCAAUUAUGUCAAGUCUCAAGGGAAUUGUUUUUGGAACAGCCAAUGUUAAUUGAAUUAACAGCACCUGUGACAAUAUGUGGAGACAUUCAUGGACAAUAUGAAGAUUUAAUGAGACAUUUUGAUAACUGUGGAUUUCCACCAGAGUCUAAUUAUCUUUUCCUAGGAGAUUAUGUAGAUCGAGGAAAGAGAUCCUUGGAAACCAUUUGUCUGAUGCUAGCUUACAAAAUCAAAUAUCCCAACAACUUCUUUUUAUUGAGAGGAAAUCAUGAAUGUGCUUCUAUAAAUAGAAUUUAUGGUUUUUAUGAUGAAUGCAAGCGACGGUACAACAUAAAACUCUGGAAGACAUUCACUGAUUGCUUUAACUGUCUACCAGUUGCUGCACUAGUAGAAGACACCAUAUUUUGCAUGCAUGGCGGCUUAUCACCAGAUUUAACAGACUUAAAACAGGUAACAGAACUUGAGAGACCACUUGAUGUCCCAGAUCAUGGGCUUAUUUGUGAUUUAUUGUGGUCAGAUCCAGAUGAGGAUAUCACAGGAUGGGGAGAAAAUGACAGAGGUGUAUCCUUCACCUUUGGAGGAGAUAUUGUCAAAGAAUUUUUGAAAAAGCACAAUUUCAGCCUAAUUGUGAGGGCACAUCAGGUUGUUGAAGAUGGAUAUCAAUUUUUUCAAAAACGAAGGUUGCUGACUUUGUUCAGUGCUCCUAAUUACUGUGGAGAAUUCGACAACGCUGGAGCUGUGAUGAGAGUGACAGAUGACUUGACUUGCUCAUUCAAAAUACUUGAGCCAAAAACAGUGAAGACAGUAGCUGUAACAAAAGGAAAGAAAUGAAUCCUUGGACAAAUGAUGCUGUAUUCAUAUAAUUGGUCGUGUACCAGUACUGUUUCUAUUUAUAUUGUUUCUUAAAUUUUAAGAUGCAACAAAGUUGCAGAUUAGUGGGACAGUCGCUGACACUUCUCUUGAAGGAUCAAUUGUUAAAUUAUUUUCACAGAACUAAAUUUACUGUUUGAAAUAUUGUAAUUUUUAUUGUGUAAAUCGAAAAUGAAGGAUAAAGAAACUUUUUUAUAGUUAUUAAAAUCCUGGAGACAGGAACAGCAGACUAAAUAUGAUGUGAUGUCAAAGGAAAAGUAUAACUUGACAUAUUGAUAAAACAAAAAAAAUACAAAAAAUGAUAUAAAAUGGUCUUGCUAUUUAGACUGACCCAGAUUCUGUCUUUCUAUUGAAAAUUACAUUUUUGAUGGAUAUUGUUAUAUGUUCUUGUUAUUCUGAUCAGCAAAGGCACUAUCAUUGUAAAUGUAAUUUACUUUUUACCAUAAAUUUUUGAUUCACAUGUUUUAAAAUUUAGAAUAGAAGUUCAUAACAGUUUCAGCCCAAUCAUGCCCCCAAUGAGCUACAAAAUGUAGUUAUUAGUUCCCUAACAGUGUUUUCCUGCUCCUUCAGUUGCUCUGUCUUGCUUGGUUUCUAUACUCUUUUCCUAGAACCCUUGCAGAUAUUGAUUGCCUAAAUAAUUUUUUUAUCUUGAUGCACUUGAUAAUUUUUAUGCCC